UUCCCGUCAAAAGCGGCGAAGAAGACAUCAGACAUGGCGCUGUUCAGUGUGGCGCUCGUGCCGGUUCGCGCACUGGUCACUUUAAGGAGAAAAACUCUUCAAAUUAAUAAAGACAUCUGGUCAAACUGUACGUCUGUAUGUCAUUAUAGGAGUAAAACUGGUGUCACACAUAAACUUAGGCAUUCUCCGCCGGAAACAGUUGACAAAGGUGGCCCUGACCUCCUCCGAGAGUUUCCUCAGCCGAAGAACCUGCUGUACGUCACGCUGUCCAGAUCUCUGGGUCUGUCCGAUCUGUCCCAGUAUAUCCAGUACAGCUGCUCUGAUGGAGAGCUCAAGAGAGCGACGGUCACACUUCACUGGCCGGUGAGGAUCGAGACCGAGGGCUUCGGGUCACGUAAGGUGGAGGCGGAACGGCAGGCAGCAGCCGCGGCUCUCUGUAAACUCAGAGAGCUAGGGGUCCUCAGUCAAGGAAAGCAAUCAUCCGUAACAGGAAUGAUGAGACAGAAAGGGAGCCAGACGUCUGUCUGGGAAGAUGAAGAGGAUGUGCCUGUCUGUGAUCGUCUUGAAUCUAAGCUUUUUCAGAAGAAAACACGGAAGGAAAGAGCCCAAGGGCCAAUAGAACAGGAUCCAGCAGUGACUGAGGCGCUCUCCAUAUUUCCAAAGCCAAAGGCGCUUCUUGCCAGCGUCAUUCAGGUGGCCACGUCAUCCAACAGAGUCAGAGAGCUGCUUCAGUACAGAACUACCGGUGGGAAGGUGAAGACGUGCGUGUUGACCGUACGCUGGCCGGAGAAGAUGACCUUUACCGCUGAUGGCCGGCGCAGACUGGAAGCGGAGUCAAACGCAGCAGCACUGGCUUGUCUCAGGUUUAAGGAGCUGAAGCUUCUGGACGAGCAGAACAAUCCUCUGACUCACGCCAGGUACCAUCAGCAGAAGGUGCGUGAAUCUGGAGAGAGACACAGACGACCCUGCCGUAUCGAAAUACCCACAGAUCUAGAGCAGAGGGUUCAGGAGUACCUCGCACAGUAUCCAGUGGAGGCUGAGGUUCAGAAACUGUGGGAUGAAGAGGAGCAGCGGUCAGUUCAGAAGGAGUCAUCCGCCAGCACAGAUGAUGAUGAUGAUGAUGAUGAUGAUGAUGACGAUGAUGAUGACGACUUCAUCACAGAUGCUAUCACCGGUAAGCCGUACCGCGCUUUACGCCCCGAGGAGGCGGAGAGUCUCAGCGAUCACCUGCUCAACCUGUGGAUGAAGGCGGGGCCUGGCCGAGGGGCGGAGCUUCCCGUGGACUCCUAUAAAGAGAGCGUGCUGGACACGGUGAGGUCCUCACAGGUGGUUGUGAUCGCCGGAGAGACAGGCUGCGGGAAAACCACACGGAUCCCGCGCUUCUUGUUGGAGGGGCAGGUCAGGAGAGGAGAGGGGGCCGAGUGCAACAUCCUGGUCACGCAGCCUCGCCGGAUCAGCGCCGUGUCUGUGGCGAACCGAGUAGCGCAGGAGAUGGGACCCGCUCUCCGCCACUGCGUGGGAUACCAGGUGCGUCUGGAGUCGCGUCCCCCGGAGCGCAGCGGCGGCGCUCUGCUCUUCCUGACGGUCGGCGUUCUCCUGCGCAAACUGCAGUCCAACCCGGGUCUGCAGGGCAUCAGCCACGUGAUCGUAGAUGAAGUGCACGAGAGAGACGUCAACACGGACCUGCUGCUGGCGCUGCUGCUCUCCUCGCUGAAGGAGAAUCCGGACCUGCGCGUGGUGCUCAUGAGCGCCACCGGCGACACGCAGCGGCUUGCGCAGUAUUUCGGCGGAUGCCCGGUGGUGCGUGUGCCGGGAUUCAUGCAUCCGGUGCAGGCACGGUUCCUGGAGGAGGUGCUGACGGAGAUGGGUCGAGCUGUACCGCCGGCGAGCCGGGGGAAGAGAGACGGAGAGGAGGACAAUGUCACUCCUGAUCUUAAUCUAGUGGCUGAUGUGAUCGACCACAUUCACAGCAACAGAGAGCCAGGCGCUGUGUUGUGUUUCCUCCCAGGAUGGCAAGAUAUUAAAGCUGUGCAACAGAAACUGGAAGAAAAACCUGCUUUCAGAUCCGGCUCACAGUUGAUUUUACCGUUGCACUCCAGUAUGGCCGUAGCGGACCAGCAGACGGUGUUCCAGCGUCCUCCAGACGGACAGAGGAAGAUCGUCCUGACCACAAACAUCGCAGAGACCUCCAUCACCAUAGAUGAUAUAGUGCACGUGGUGGACGCCGGCUGCCAGAAAGAGCAGAACUACGACCCCAGAACCAAGGUCUCGGGUCUGAACACGGUCUGGAUUUCACAAGCAAACAUCACUCAGCGAAGAGGAAGCGGGCGCUGUCAGCCCGGCCAUUCAUACCACCUCUUCCCUCGAAAACAGCUGGAGAGCAUGGCCGUGUUCCCCAUCCCGGAGAUCCUGCGCACCCCUCUGGAGAGCGUCGUCAUACAGGCCAAGAUUCACUGCCCGACAGCAAAGUGAGCUUUGGACUUCCUGUCACAAGUGCUUGAUUCCCCAGAUACUCAAGCAGUCAAAGCUGCUGUGAAGACCCUAAUGGAUAUUGGUGUGCUGGACGCCACUGAGAAUCUGACGCCGCUGGGCGAGCGUGUGGCCUGCAUGUCGUGUGACCCGCGUCUGGGGAAGGUUUUGGUUCUCUCGGCGCUGUUUUCCUGCGUUCUUCCCGUUUUGUCUGUGGCGGCCUGUUUGACGCGAGACCCCUUCUAUAACAGCAUGCAGAACCGGGCCCUCGUCUCCAAGGCCAAGGCGGCUCUGAGCGGCUCCAGCUGCAGCGAUCAUCUGGUCUUCAGUCGAGUGGUUCAGAGCUGGAAAGAGCAGCAAGGCAAGGAGAGCAAGCAGGAGUUUCUGGACACAUACACUCUGUCUGGAGCCAGUCUGCGCUUCAUACACGGCCUGAUGCAGCAGUUCGGGGAGAACCUGUGUGAAGCGGGUCUGGUGGGUGGUUCUGCUGAUUGUCUGCGUCUGUGGUCUGGUCUGAAUCAGCACAGUCAGGAGGAGCAGCUGGUUAAAGCCGUGCUGAUCGCAGGCCUCUUUCCUCACCUCAUACAGGUGAAAAGAGGCACAGUGACCAAAAGUGGAAGAUUUCGGCCGGAAAGUAUUUCGUACCGUACAGAAAGCGGCCCUGUGCUUCUGCACCGCUCCUCUAUCAACAGGGGAAAUCCGGAUCUGUCGAGUCGCUGGCUCACCUUCUUCUCUGCGGUCAAAUCAAACGGUCAAGUCUUCAUCCGAGACUCUUCAGUGGUUCAUCCGCUGGCGCUGCUGCUGCUCACCGACUGUGACCUCAGCGAGAGAGUUGUUGGAGAUGCUGUGGAGGUGGUGUUGUCCGGUCACACACUCAUCCGAUGGGAGUUUUCUCCUCGCGUCUGGGAGUUACUGUGGGAUCUGCGCACUUCCCUGCAGGCCAUGAUCCACCGCAGUCUGCGCCGCUCACGACGCCAGCCCUCCUCAGACGACAGUCAGGACAGAGAGCUGAUCGCUUUAUUAGUGGAGCUGCUCAAUAACACCGAGUCAGAGUCCAUCAGCGAUCAGGACGAGAUCGGCACAGAAAACAUUAAAGCUGACAGUCUGUAAAGUCCACGUAUGUGUCUGAGACACUGAGAAAUGUUAUGACAUUCGAAAAGAAUGGUGGUAUUUCUCAUUAAUAGACUAUGUAAAACCCGGAGCGUGUUUGCACAAAGGUAUUUUCAUAAAGUUUGGGAGACGGAAAUACUAUCGAGCUGUAAGGAUGUGUACAUAAGAAUGUAUCCAACUUGAAGCCAGCGUUGUGUCAGAUGAUUAUGAAAACUGCUAUAAUACUAAACUACAGUAGUCAACAUUUGAAGUGGAUCAAAAAAGUUCUCUUAAGACAAGAACGGGUAUUUUUUUGGUCUUAGGACAAUUUUGAACUUUUUUUUUUUU